GACGACUGGCCACAGCCGGGGAGAAGACGCAGCGUCAGUGAGUCAUCCCCGCACCCAAGGUCCAGAGCGGUGGUGGCGCUCAAUGAGCCAGAAGACCGACGAAGGCGGUCAAAAUGUCGGAUGGGAUUUUAACUUCAGAGUCGCUUCAUUGGACUUGACCGGAACGUGUGACCCCACCGAUGGAUGGGGUACUCCUACGAAUCUCGAAACGGAAGAAGAACAAAGGAUUCACUGGAGUACCCUAUUGCUCUCGGAACGAGGGAUCAAUUAGUGGGGCCCAGCACCGCGUUCCAGUCCUGGAGAUUCAAACACGUCCGGGAUUGUCGCGGCCUCCACCGGUUUCGCCUGACGAUCCCAGCGGCCGGCGACAGCGCAAUGCGAGCGCUGACACUGCCAGCUGUCGCUGUCACGUGACUCUUGCGUCCAUUGGGCCCCGUCCCGGCGGAGACCCCGCAGCUGGUCAUCAGCGGCACCUUCUCGCUGGCUGGCCCGGCCGGCGGUGCGGGGCAGGUGGAGCAGGCCUCGCGGCGGCAGCGAGGCGGGAAGGCGCGGCUCGCGUCCAAGUGCGGGGAGUGCGGCAAGAGUUUCCGGGCCGAGGCGGACCUGCGGAAGCACCUGGCGGGGCACUCCAAGGCGGGGCGGCACGCGUGCGGAGUGUGCGGCAAGCAGUGGACCAAGGCUGCGGAUCUGGAGAGGCACGCAAGGAUCCACACCGGGGAGAGGCCGUACCAGUGUGACGAGUGUGGGAGGAAGUUUAACCGAGAAGGCAAUCUGACUGUGCACAAGAGGAUUCAUACCGGGGAGAAGCCUUACGAGUGUGUCGAGUGUGGAAAGAAGUUUAAUGGCCUGUCAAACCUCAUUGUGCACAACAGGAUUCAUUCUGGGGAGAAGCCAUACGAGUGUGAAGAGUGUGGGAAAAAGUUUUCCCGGGGCAGUCAUCUCACUGCGCACAAGAGGGUCCAUACUAGGGAGAAACCCUACAAAUGUGCAGUCUGUGGAAAGAAGUUCGCUCAGAGGCAGACACUUAAUUAUCACAAGGAAAAACAGAAUCACUAGUGGAAGGGAAAUCGCAUGAUUUUCGGCGUUACAGGGGGAUAGACGCGUGGAAAGAAACAUGCAUUACCGAUGACUCUUCAAAUUGUCGGCGUUGGGGAUUGACGCCGGCACCAUGGAUUUUUCCUGGAAAUUAAUUUUAUUGUUCAUAACAAAGAUAUCGUUUCACAAUUUGCAAGACUCCCGACACAAUCGCCUGGAAUUGAUUCUAGUACCGGCCUUGAAGCUUUCUUCAUACUAUAACAUGGACAUUGGUUAAUGGUUGUUCUGAUGUCUUACUGGCGCAAGCAUCCUCUGUUGUGUUAAUCGUAAAUAAGUAAUUAAAAGGCUGAA